AUGUUGAAGCUAGUAUGCAGAAGGAGUCUUUCUCCUGUUACUGCAUUUCCAUUGACAUCUCGCCCUUUGUUGCGUAUGUUGCAGAUUUAUUCGAAUCGUCAAUUGACUACCUCCUCAUCUCAAGCUACAAAAUCUAUUCAAGCUGUCAAACUUCCCAAAGCUUCGAAUAUUACACCAAUAACCCGGGCUCUCAGACGAAGCAAGAAGAAGGAUAUCACGGACUAUCAUCAAAGCCUAUUACCGUGUACAACCAUAACGACGUGUGAAGCCUAUGAUUUGGCCAAAGUCAUUGCAUUACUACAUUCCAAGGGAUAUAAAGAUGCCAGUUUUUUGAUCCCACAAGAGGCAGUUCAUUUAACCUUUCCUAAUUUCGACAACCAGAACUUGGCUAGUAACCACCGUCACUACAAUGAGUUAGGCUUUGAUAUAUUGAUCCUUGUGAAUGGCUCCGUGGUGGCCUGGGGCUUUGAUGAGAACUUCUUGAACAAUAAUUUUUUGAGUUUGGUUGAAAAAGCCAGAGUCAAUCCUUACAAGGCCUCAGAAAGUGAGGAUAUGGAUUUUGUGAUGGUUAAUAUCGCUCAAAAAAAUAGCCAUAACAAAGAAGCGCUUGAUGAAAGUGCUGCCGUUUUUGCCAACGAUACAAAGUCGGCCCAUAAUAACAGUAGUAGAAGUGGUAUGGAUAACGACGUCAUGAUGAUAAAUGCUGAUAACGAUAACCAGCAGCUUUUAGAUAAGGCAGCCUUUUCCUUUGGUUUGACAAGAUCAACAAAAUUGGCAAUCCUCGAGUCGUUAUUCGAAAGAUGUGUGGAGCAAACUAGGCAAAAUACUUUGGAUUUCUAUAAAGGUUUCAGUAAGAAAAGCAAGAUGAAACAGCACAAGGAAACCUUGAAACUAAUUGGCCAGCUACUCUUAAUCAGAGGUGAGUUGAACUUAUAUUCUGAGUUAAUCGACACCCCUGAUUUAUAUUGGUCUGAACCGAAUCUCGAAAGUUUAUAUAAGAAGGUUUCAAAGAAUUUGGAUAUUGUUCCAAGAAUAGAGAUUUUGAAUAAAAAACUAGAUUACGCCACUGAAGAGUCACGUAUAAUAUUGGCAACUUUAAACGAAGACAAGGCAUCGAAACUAGAAUGGAUUAUUAUUUAUCUUAUUCUAAUAGAAGUCUGUUUUGAGCUUUUCCACUUCUAUGAAAGAUAUUCAUUAGACCAAAAAGUUAAUGAGAUUGAACACGCCAGCAAGGAAGUCGCUACAGUGGACUAA